AAACAGACAACAUAAAAACCCAGUAUCUGUAAAACGUUGAGCGGAAGAGCUAUAUGUUCUAAUGGCCCGAUAACGGCAUCUUCCUUUAAAUGGGCUGCUGCUGGAGGACAAAGGCCUCAUAAUGUACCUUUGUAUGUAGUAAGUAUCGACUUCCUUUGGGCACACCGCUAUAGCAGUAUUGAUGGCGGUGAUUCAUCUAUGUUGUAGUGAUACAUUCACAAAACUUUGCUGAUACAACUAUUUUCACGAAGCGGACAGAAUCAUCCCCGAGCACGCGAGGCCAAUACGAGCCCCGGAAGACGGUUGCGAAAGCAAUGAUGUCACAAUAUUGGAGCUCACGCGCGCACUCCUGAAUGUGUGUGUGUGUGUGUGUGUGUGUGUGUGUGUGUGUGUGUGAAAUCGGUUGAUAGUAACUUUCUUUUCCAGGGUGGAAGUGUGAGUGCAUGUGUAUGGUUCCAUGUUGACCGACGGACGACGGAAGCGAUAAGCUAGCUUGCGUGGCGACGUUGCUUGUCAGGGGACACAAUAACUCAGAUUUUCCCCUCCCCUGACUGCAGUGCUCAGGGAUAAGUUAACCAUUACUUCACCCAGAGCGAUGACCUCCUCGCUAUUGGCAGCUACAUAACAGAUCGUCCUCCCAGGGCGUUAUCGUCUUGUUCUUUAAUUAUGUCUUUCCGUCGUCAUAUCCGGGCAGGGGGAAUUCCUCCGGAGGGAGGGCCGGAGGAGGAAGAAGGCGACCCACGCUUCCUGGAGAAAGUCUCGAGUUGUCUUGCAACGUAUUAUGAAAAACAUGGUUAAUGUUAUGUCUUCCUGUACUUCAUUAAGACCAAUGAAAUUGGACUUUGAACGAGCAACAAAAUCUGUCGAUUCAGUCGUGGAUGGCUGUGCGGCUGGGCGGGGGAGCAUGGCGGGCGGAGAAUACCUGGAACCCUUGGGCCGCCAAGGGAAGUAUGCGUCACGUGUGUUUGUCUUACAUGAGGCUGUAAGGCGUAUAUAAUUGGCUCGGGCGUGCCCCGUUAAGUGUUAAAGAGGGAGUGAUUAUCCUGGCGGCCGCAGUGCCCGCAGAGCCACUCACGCCUUGACAAACCCGGCGCCAGCACGCCUCCCCGGACCAGCUGGCUGCGGUGGAAAAAAAAACUGACAUCGAGGUGUGUCUUUUUACAAGCGUGUUGCUUCAGCCGUAUUCAUCCCUUGAAUUCUGUACUCAAAAGUUUGGAAAAGAAAAGGGAAGAACACAGAGAGGUCCUGCAAUCGGUUGUGUGCUGAAACCCACAGAAUGGGGAGAACACUGUGUCUGCUUGUGUUGUGUGCAGUGGUGUUACGUGUGCAGUCUUGGCCAGGUGACGGGGACCUGGGUACGGAUUCCGACCAUGAGGAGACUAACUGGAGGACAGAAACUGGAAAUACAGAGGGAGCGGCGGCUACAGAUGAAGAAAGACGAGACAAGAGGCAAGACAGCAGCGAGGGAGAUGCUACAAGUCUGAAGCAUUUGGCGAUAGAAAAGGCUUUGACAGCGAGAAAAAUCCCGCCUACACAUAAUGAUGUCCCUCUCCGCUGCGAUGAGCUGAUUACCAAUGAAGAGUUUUAUAUACAUUCGCCAGGCUAUCCCGCGAACUACCCCGGAAACACGUCAUGCCAGUACCAGAUCUUCAAGCGCCAUGAGAACGUUUGCGGCGUCGUGUUCACGGUCCUGCGCCUCGACUUGGCAACACCUUACGGCGUCGCCCUGCUGGAUAACUUGCUCGAGGGCGGCGGCGGGGCGGCGGGCGACGGUGAGAAGGCGGCGUGUCCCGGUGACAGCCUCAUCAUCAACGACGUGCUGUACUGUGGCAGAUACCAGCGCGGGAAGACAGCCACCUUCACCUUCACCACGAAGCCGCUCAUGACGGUAGAGUUCCGCAGCAGGCCGGGGCACGGGGCCUCGGGCUUUCUGCUGCAGGGGCGACAGGUGACCACGUGCCGCCACCCCCGCAGCCUCGGCCCGCCCCUCGUCUCAUCAGCGCCAUGCAACAGGAGGCUGAUAGGGGAGAGCUUCGUGGUGCGGUCCCCGGGCUACCCACGCCAGUAUUCGCAUAACCUCGAGUGCCGCUACACCGUGAUGCGCGCCAGCCCCGACGUGUGCGAGCUGCAGUUGGUCAUGCAAGGCUUCAGUGUGGAGGACGGCAGCUGCAUGUUCGACUAUUUGGAGGUACAGGGCCAGCGGCUGUGUGGCUCCCUUCCUGCUGGCUUCACACGUGAGUUAUUACUGUCUGUCUGUAUGUAUGUAUGCAAAACUUGUCUGUGUCUAUCUAUUUGUCUGUCUCUCUCUCUGUCUCUAGUUAUGAUGACCGUCACAAACAUUUCAGGGCACUUCGACUUCGAGGGUGACGAACUGCAUAUACGGUUUCGGUCUGACGAGUCCACCAAGAGGUCUGGGUUUGUGAUCAGCGGGCAGCAGGUCCCGUGCUCUGAGCGUCCGGUUCAGGCCCCCCUCAGCCAGUCCCUUCCCGACAAAUCAAACAACAAAACCCUUUCCACCACUCAGCCAAAGAGCAUCCAAACUUCACCCACUUCACGGCCUUCAACAUCCAUCUCACUCUCAGGGAAUCAGUCAAACGACAACAUUAAUUUCAUCCUUUCUCUCCUGAAUCGACAACCUACACAGACAACGCGAAGAGAAGGCCCUGAAGGUCGUAACAUGUCCGAGGAGGAUUUUACCGAGCUGGACCCCGGACUGGUGACAUUUAGGGAAGCUGACGACGAACACACAAACGCCGACCAGAACAUCCCCGGCUCCCCUAACUUCAACCCUUUCACAGGGUCAGGUCUUACACCAACGAUUCCAACCUUACCCACUGACUUUCCGACUUUCCCAACAAAUUUUCCAUCCACCCCAACUAAUAUCCCCACCAACCCCACAGUUUUUCCCACCAACCCCACAGUUUUUCCAACCAACCCCACAGUUUUUCCAGCCAACCCCACAGUUUUUCCCACCAACCCCACAAUAUUCUCCACCAACCCCACGAAUUUCCCGACCAUCCCGACAGACUUCCCGACCACUUUUGACGUUGGUUUGACUCCCACCUUCCCCUCGGUUACACGAAUUGACUGUGACCAACUUAUAACGACUCCCACUGCUGAAAUCCAGAGUCCCAGCUACCCGAGCGAAUACCCAAACUCUACGGACUGUUCGUACACGAUGGGUCGAGCAGAUACGAACACUUGCUUGCUCGAGGUGACCUUCGUGGAUGUGGACCUGCCCUUCCUGGACCCCGUCACCAGCCAGUGUAACGCCGACUACCUGGAAGUGGGAGGCACCAAGUUUUGCGGCACAUUUCAAAACCGUGUCGUGACCAUCCCCUUCACCGGUCAGACUGCCACGCUUAGCUUCCACUCAGACGCCGCGGAGAGUGGUCGCGGCUUUAAGAUAAGUGUUGCGCAGCUGAGUACCAACUGUCUCGGGCCUGUGCUGCCGCCGAUCUCUCCCGGCGAGUGUGACACCACCGUGACACUGCCUCAAUUCCGCCUGAACAGCCCGAGCUACCCCGUGCGCUACCCUCCCUCCACAGAUUGUACCACUACAGUCCUCCGCUCAUCCGCGGACAUCACCAGUUUGUUUCUGGAUUUGGUAGACUUCGAGCUUGGGACAACACUUGGGUGCACCGGCGACUAUCUGGAGGUGGGCGGGGAGCGGCUGUGCGGAGUGCUCACAGGCCAGACGAGAACCGUUCCCUUCGUCGGAAAUUCAGUCGUCAUACGCUUUCACUCCGGCGCUGAUGUGAGCAUUGGAGGCCGCGGGUACAGUAUCAGAGUGCUUCAGACCAAUUCCUCCGUCAUACCCGGUGGAUGUGGCGGCUUCGUGACCACGCCCACCGCCGCCCUACAGUCACCGAACUACCCCAACUCCUACCCACCAAAUUCUAAUUGCCGCUACGUUGUCAACAAAGUCUCGGGUGACAUAUGCCAGCUUCAUAUAAAGGUGCUGGACAUGGAUAUCGAGUACGGCGUGGGGUGUGCUCGAGACUACCUUCAAAUUGGAGUCCAGGAACGACUGUGUGGGCGGAGGAUACCGGGGGAGAUCCGCAAGUAUCACUUCACGGGCAGACAACUGAACAUCCUCUUCCACUCUGAUGUCUUCGGGUCAGGGCGAGGGUUCAGUAUCGAGGUAACUCAAAUCAGUUGUGGUCACUUCCGACCUAUGUACCCCUACCGUCCGACCUAUCGACCUCACCAUCAUUACCCUCACAGCCAUCACCACCACCACCAAAACCACAGGCCCAACAAACCGCAAUACAGCCAUCAUCGGCCAUGGUGGAACACGCGACCAAAAUACCCCAACCACCAGUACAGCAGCGCAUACACUCAGCAGACCACCCCAUGCCCGUAUUUCCCUGUCUCACCCCAAUGGCAAACCACCACACCUUUCCCGCCCACUACGACCUCACCUCCCACCUUCCCUCCUCCAACUCUUCCUCCCGUUACGCCUACCCCCACUAUACCCACCGUCACCCCUGUCCGACUAAUUCCUCGGCCAGCCCCUCAGAUCAAUGCCUCUUCCCUCAACAUCCCCACCACCACCUCCUCCAUCCUAUCCUCUGUCAGCAAUGUAACCAAUAGAGGAGCCGACAGGGAAGCCAAGAGGACGCUGGGAGCCCCCCAUAGGGACAGGCCGUGCCAUCAGGUGGUCAACACGGAAGAAUUUACCCUACAGAGUCCUGGCUUCCCAGCGCCAUACUACGCCAACUCCCGCUGCUUUUACUCUAUCGUGAGGCAGAGUGGCAGUACGUGCGGAGUUGAGCUGGUGGUGGAAGAAUUUGACGUAGAGAAGAGUCCGGGCUGUGCCAAUGCAUACCUCUUCCUGGCCAAGCAACGGUACUGUGGUUCCAUCGACCAAGGCGCGCAGAGUUUAGUACCAUUUAGUGGAAGAGAGCCCAUUGUUCUCAUAUUUGUCGGUGGGCAAUUCAGCAGUGGCGCCGGCUUCAGAAUUCGAGGACGCCAGAUCCCAUGUGCAAAGGCCGAGGAAACAGUCCCAAGGCUGACGGAGGCAGUGGAGCAGCAACGGCAACCUCAACUAAGUAGGGGGCAGAAAUCCAGAAAUAAGAGAGUAACGCUGCGGGGGACGGGGGAAACAGAAGCGGAGUGGCUGAACCUGAGGGUGGGCGGUGAGGACAUGGUGUUGGACUGGGUGGGUCCGGGAGGCCGUUCGGGUGACCAGCUAACACACAGAUGAGGUCAGAUGAAGUGAUAGGUGACAGACCUCUCUAGCUAACCAAAUACAUAUGAUUGUAUCUUAUUAAUAUAAGAAAAAAAAAGGUUUAGUUGCUGGUAGAGCUGUUCUUAAUAAUAAUAAUAAUAAUAAUAAUAAUAAUAAUAAUAAUAAUAAAAAUAAUAUCAAUCAUAACAAAAAAAUAUCCAUGUUCAAAGUACACUUUAGGUGACAAAUAUCCACCACAAAGUUGUUUUGCUUUAGUUACGCUUUGUCCCUGCUAUUGUUAUCGUCAAUGUAAAUAAAGUCCUUCAUUAUGUU